AUGAUUUUUUUAAUCUCAAUUUCGGCACUUCUGAGUGUUUGCAGCGGUCAAUAUGGCGGAGGAGGUGGAGGUUAUGGAGGAGGAGGCGGUGCUCGAGUAAGUGGCGGUGGUGGUUAUGGUGGUGGAGGAAGUCAUGGUGGAGGAGGAUAUGGUGGCGGCGCUAGAGGUGGUGGUGGUGGUUAUGGAGGAGGAUUAGGAGGAGGCAUUGGUGGAGGUUUUGCUGGAUUUGGCGGAGGAGCUCUUGGUGGUGGAGGCGGUGGUGGCGGUGCUGGUGGUGGUGUAGUACAGGCAGCUAUUAUCUCAAGGCAUUCUGUUGAUUAUAGAAAUGUGCCGUCAAGUGGAUCGGUAGAGCCCGUAACUGUUGAAGUGGGCGCCUCACCCAUUGCUGUCAACUUUGUGUUUAGAUCGGCCUCAAGUGCUCUGAACGUUGAACAGGCACACGAAGGCUCAGGUGGUUCGACACAGCAAUCUUCCUCAGAGGACGAACCGCACACUUUGUUCCAUUCGGUGACUAAACCAAUCAUACAAGAAGUUCGCGAAGUUAUCAAUCCUUUCAGACGUAUUGUACAAGAGAUUAAUCCGGUUCAGGAAGACAUACAAACUAUUGUAUCGCGUAGUAGUGGUGGUGGAGGAGGUGUUGGUGGUGCCGCUGGAGUUGGAGGAGGCUUUGGAGGUGGCUUUGGAGGCUUAGGAGGUGCUGGUUUUGGUGGUGGUGGACGAGGUGGUCAUGGCGGUGGUGGUGGUCGUGUUGGCGGAGGUGGCUAUGGUGGUGGAGGAGCUACCAAAGGAGGUGCAGGUGGUUAUGGUGGCGGUGGAGGUGGUGGUAAAAAAGCUUAUUAA